CCAUGAUCCGACUCACAAAGGGAACACACGCUUGCGGCAUACAUGCACCAGCAAGCCCUAUAGUAAGAACCCCAUCAAUCCCACUUCUUGAGGAACUCCUUGACACUCUCAUACUCCGUUCUAAUAAUCUCGGCCCUCCGUUCGCUCCUGGGGACGAACUUAACCUUGAAUGGCAAAGGCUCCUGAGUAAAGCCAUCUUCAAAAGCAUCUUCAUCUAACUCGAUGGCAUUCCCAUCGUCAUCAAUUGCUUGUUCGAUGCGGAAUCCCCAUAACAUGAAGGCCAGAAUGAUCCACUGAAGCCUCUCCGCCAACGGAAUGCCUGCGCAGAUACGCCUUCCCACCCCGUACCCAUAGUGAUCGCGAUUUUUGUAUUCGGGGCUCUGGGCGUAGUGCAUGGCGAGCUUAGGAUGAGAGAGAAAUCUCGAAGGGUUGUAGACUGUUGGGUCGACAUAGUGUUCCGACUGAAGGUGAAGAGAUUUGGCGGGGAUUAUGAUACGUGCGUCUAUUUGAUGAAUUGUUAGAAUGAGCGGAGUCUGGUUGAAAUUUUUGACCGGCUGGGUAU